ACCAACCAACCAACGUGCUCUGUGUCAGCGCACCUCAGACAGUAAUAGGUGACGAACACCAGAGGGUGAGUGCCUAAAGGCUGAGACCGCGAGUAGUUCUGAGUCCAGGCGCCCCCAGUCUUAUGGUCGGUCCAUUUUUUUCUGCCGCACGGAAAGUCGAAGAAAUUUGUUUUGUAAUUUUCUGAUUGAUUUUCAAAGAAAGAGAGAUGGUGGGCGGGCAGUUUCGCCCAAGGGAGGCAGGGGGACCAGCGGCAGCGACGGGCGGUCCCGGGGCGGAAGUGAUUGCUGCAGCUGUCGCAGCGGGGGUAGUGGUCGGCGUGGGUGGUCUCAUGGCCGUCCUAUGGUGGCGAGAACGAAGCUCGAAGGUGGCAGGAACAGCAGCAGCAGUGGCGGACAGCAGUGCGGCUUGGCGUGUGGAGAGCGGCGAUGGGCCGCCCCGCCCGCCAACGGAAGGGCUAGCAGGGGCUGUUGCGGCCGGAAAGCGCCUGCCCGCGGGGUCGUGGCACCAAGCAGACAUGACGCCACCCCUCCCUGACGAUGUGGUAAGGCUGCUGCAGGCAUCGCGGCUGUGCUUCUUGUCCACCUUCAGCAACGACCACCCUCACCUGUCGCUCAUGAACUUCACCUACCACCACACCGACGAGGUGAUAAUUCUGUCCACGCGACGAGACACAAAAAAAUUCCAGCUGGUGCAGACGGGGCGUAACGUAGCACUCUUGGUUCACGAGUUCCCCGACGCAGGCGGCAGCUCCGGCGGCGGGGGCGGGGGCGGGGGCGGGGGCGGGGGCGGUAGCGGCGGUAGCGGCAGCAAGGUGACCAUCACACUCAACGGGACGGCAACGAUUCAGGAAGGGGAGCAGGCAGAGCGGUACAGAGACCUCCACGCCAGGAAAAACCCCAACUCCAAGACCUUCAUCUUCGGCCCCAACAUCGCCAUCAUCACCGUAAGGGUGCGCUCCGCGCGGAUCUGCAACGUUCGCGACGAGGUCACCGUGUGGAACAUCGCCGACUCUCAGUCAAGCGCGUAGCGUAGCAAACACCGUUUCGGUUGGUUCCUUCCGGCCGUGUAGUUUUGUGGUCCCCGGGGGGGCUUGGUGGUAAUGGUCCUCAGACCCUUGGGAGGCUGUGCCUUGCUCGACGCGCGUGCUGGUUGUCACGGGAGUCAAUGUUCCGGCUGUGGUGAAAAGGGGCUUGGAUUUCAAGGCACCCAGGACGACUUCGAGUGCUCAGGCUGUAGCCAAUGGGCAGCUAGAAUUUCAUGGCACCCAGGUCGGCUCUAGUCCAGCGUCGUCAUACAAAGUUGGUUGUUUUUGCUGUUGUUGUGUGGACGCUUGCUUGGCGGGCACGGGAAGGGCGUCAAUGCGACAGACUCGCAUGCUUUUUGCUUGUCCAGCGGCUGCUGACGAAGCUUUGGCGGACAUGCGAUCGCUCGCUCCCGGCCUCGUGAGGCUUGGAACGGGAAAUCACGGGGCCGCGUGUCAGAAGGAGCGGGACUAUCAUCAUCACACGCUGGUUUAUUUCACUCAUUUUUUCCUGUGUCGCUUCUUUUUCGAACAGACUUGUGUGAGGAUUUAGAAGAAGUAGCAAAUUAAACUUUUGAACGAAGAAGACGUUUCAUGCCGCACGCGACUUUGACCGCGGGGUGUUAGCGCUUCGCCAGCCGUAUGGCCAGCGGCCACCCAUUUAGAUUCGUUCGGCUGGUCGUGCAGGCGUUUUCGUGAUGUCUGUGCGUCUUGUGAUUUUACACGGUGCGGUAGACGGAGAUUUUCAUAGUGUUCAUGCUGGGAAGUCGAUAGAAUGUUGGAGCCGAUGAUCGUCGGUGUAGCCGCCCUUGGGAUGCAACUGCCCGUGGCCGUCCUAAAUAUUUAUCUUGCCGCCCAUAGAAUUGGGGCGUGAAUGGCGACCUCUUUAUUGUUGGCAGUGUUUUUCUGCGUUGGUGGCCCCUCUUCUUUUUUUUUUUGCCGCAGGCGGUGAUGGGGUCAAUCCCACGUUUGGUAUCCCGCGCCCGAGAAAAACUGCCCCCUUGCAGGCUUUCAGACAGGUUGGUAUUUUAGGAUGCUGCAGGGAGAGCGGACGGCGUGUUGUGGAAAGUGCGCUAGACUAGAACCAACACUGUCGUUUCGUUGCGCGCCAGAAAUAGCAUCGGUAUGAGGUGUUGGAC